GUUCCCACCCUCUCCUCCGACGCCGGCAACAUCCCCAGCGCUGAUGGGAGGGAAGGAGAUGAAGGGAUCCGAAUUGCGGCUGCCGUAUGCCGCUUAUCACUUCACGACCAGCGGGGCGGCUGUCGCUGUCGCGACCGCCGUCACCCAUCCCUUGGGUACCCAGUUUCGUGUUUUUGUGUGUGUGUGUGUGUGUGUGUGUGUGUGCGUACCAUUUUCCUUCUUUUCCUAUGUCUUACUUCUCUUCUUCGUGUAUCAUUGUUGUGAAUUGGAUACUCGUGGGAGUUUUUGGAACCCUAGCUAGUCGAAUUGGGAACUGCGGUAAACGGGUGAUGAACGCGGUUUCUCUUCAACUCACGUUCUUGAGGCUGUUUCUUUAAGUUAUGCCUAUAACUUUGAUCUUUCAGGAAAAAGAAGAAUGAAGGAAAAUGAGGCUCGUUAUGUUUGCAGCUCUAGGACAAACCUUGCUUUAUUAUUGUUUAAUCACCUAGGCUUACUGCAUUUGGCUUUUUAACAUUGAUUUUAAUUAAUGCUUAGAGAAAACUUUACAUGAAGACACUUUUCAGUACUCAACCAACUAGGUUUGUUCCAGUGGUUCCAAGCAUUGAUUUUACUUGUUGCUUAAAAGAAUUAUCUUUUUUAGAUCAAUUGCCACUUUUGGUGUCUUAUACAUGGUAAGAUCUUAGCAUCCUUCUGAAUGGCCUCAUGGUAACCAGCAGAUGGUUGUCUCCCUAUUUGUUGUCAUUGCAUUUUUCAUGUCAUGACUAGUUGUAAUAUGCUUGAUUAUUUUUCAUUUGAAAUGACAGUUAAUAAAACUUCCAUAAUCACCUGGUUUAUGAGGAUCCUUUCAUAUUCUUAUUGUGAUUAACAGGAUUGUUUAGCCUGCGACUAUUAUAAUUUCUACUCUUACUGAGUUAGUAACUUUCUUAAUAGGGUAUUAUGAAAUUGAAUGCAGAUGUCGUCAAAGUUAGACUCCAAAUGCAGCUUGCUGGCCAAAGAGGACAUUUGGUUGGGAUGGUAUCCUCUUGCUGCUUCUGGACAUAUCUCUUAGGGAACAAUUUUCACACAAAUGAUAAAAAAUGAAGGAGCUAGAAGUCUCUAUUUGGGGCUUGGACCUGCGUUGACUAGGUCUCUCCUUUAUGGAGGUCUUCGUUUAGGUUUAUAUGAACCUUUCAAGUAUGUUUGUGAACACGUAGUUGGUUCAACUAAUAUCUUUGUGAAAAUUGCAUCUGGGGCAUUUUCUGGUGCAAUUGCAACUGGUGUGACUAAUCCAACAGAAGUUCUAAAGGUAAGGUUACAAAUGAACUCAAACUCCCAAACUGGACCCUUCAGGGAAAUGUACAAAAUUGUGUCAGAUGAGGGUGUGCGAGCACUUUGGAAAGGAGUUGGCCCAGCAAUGGCCAGAGCUAGUUGUCUGACAGCAUCACAGCUUGCAACUUAUGAUGAAUCAAAACAGGUUUUGCUUAAGUGGACCCCUCUUGAAGAAGGCUUUCAUCUACAUCUCAUCUCAAGUUGCAUAGCUGGAACGGUUGGAACUCUUGUAACUGCACCAGUGGACAUGAUUAAAACUCGUCUAAUGUUACAACAAGAAGCAAGAGGUGUCAGAAAUUAUAGAAAUGCAUUCCAUUGUGCUUACCAGGUAGUGCUUACAGAAGGCUUUGGAGCACUUUACAAAGGUGGAUCUGCCACCUUUGCGAGAUUAGGUCCCCAGACCGCAAUCACAUUUAUUGUCUGUGAGAAGCUACGGGAACUCGUUGGAAUAAAAGCGAUUUGAUUUCAAGGGAAAUUUAUCAACCGAGCUGCUUGUCACUGAUUUCAAGGGCGAUUUGAUUUCUUAUUCUUUCGUCUCAAAAAUUGGGUUAUUGCAGGAGCAAUGACAAUAAGGGGGCCUUUUUUUUCCCUUCAUAUAAUGAUUUUCUUUAAUGAUUCCAUAUGUAAUCACAAAAUUCGAGUUAUUCGUGUGGAAGGAACUAUUAGCUAUACAUGAAGGUCAAGUUUAAGAAUGGUGUUUUGCCAGCUAGUUUUGCUUUUAUAUGGAUGGAUUUGACGACA